AUGGCGCCGCCCAAGAAAGAUUCGGCGCGGCCUCAGCCAGCAUUCCGGGACCUCGAUUACAACCUCAUCGACGCUUCUACCAUCGAACAAGCUGUUGGUGGCAUCGGAAGUCAGCCGAAUCCGCCCCGCAAUCAGAACGUCGUCGCUGUUCCUAGAAGAAUAACAGCAAACCCACGCACUAAGAGUAUUCAGCGCCUUCAACUUCGCUUUCCUCCGCCGCCUCAGCAGCUCCUGUCCUUGCGGCAACAGGUGUUGUAUCACAUACGCCAACGUCUAAAGAGUAUCCAAGUUGACACUUCACACCUCCCGGACAUUGUCUUCGCUUGGGCGCUGCCAAAGUUGAAUGCCUCAGCUAAAGACUGGAAUCAGCUUCUUCUUCGACCUUUGACUGUCAGCUCGGAGCAACUUUGCACUAUGUUCAAGCUACGAAAGUCAGCGGCAAACUAUGAUCUACCUGCGGAUACGACUAUCUUCUACGUCCGAGUUUUCACGUUUGGGGUUGGCGAACUUCUGGAUGUCAUACAAGCCUUGAUCGACGAGAGAAUGGGUACUCAGACCAAAGGCUACAUGCUUUUUGAGGAGACUGCUCAUCUAAAAGAUGGAGAUAAGGUCUAUGUCAAGUACUGCGGAACAUCCUCUACGUACAGCGGACACAAGAGGCAUGAGCAAGAUCUGUACACACCACGGCAAACAUUCGUCUCCAUGUUUCUUCAGAAGGCUUUAGAACUCUAUCCCGAGGUCGUCGACAGCUGCGAAGUCUACGAGUUUGUUGAGGCCGAAAUUGUGGUUCCCGCGAAGAGCGAUGAGAUUGCUGAUGUUCGAGAGCAAAGCCUCAUUGCACUCUUCGGCCUACCCACCCUUCUCAACACUUCUUACGGUGGUAUUGGCCCUCAUGUCAGAUUCCAGGACCUGGAUAAUGACCAAUUCAUCUCCCUUCGCACCUCGCUGUUCCCGAAGCUUAGCCACUAUUCAGAAGUGAUUCAGCAAUACGCAAAUCAGCAUCCCAACUCCACUGGUGCCGGCCGUUAUCCGAUCAAUGAAGACGUCCGCAAAGCCAUUGUCGAUUCUGCGAGCGCCCGGUUCGUCAAGGACCAAAAUUACACUCUGAUGCUGACCGUCGGGUCCGAUUUUCCGCUCAACAUGCGCGAAAGUUUGCAGCCUUGGUGGAACGGCGGCUUCGCAGCGGCGGAUGUCACGAUUGAGGUGCUCAACAAUUUUGUCCGAUGUGAGCUCGGCCAUGGCACCGACUUCAACUAUGUCAAGUCCAUGGUUGACAUGUGUGCGCUUCCUUUUGUUAAUCUCUUUCCGUGGACGAAAAAGACCAUGGAGGACUUGAAAGAAGCGCUGCAGAUGCUGCGACAGUAUCUUCAGAUCUCCCGACCGCUCAUCGUUCUCACAUUCUCGAACCUGGUCUCUAGUGCCGCCUGUACCAACUUUCAGCACGGAACGGGGUACUCGGUGCCCAACAUAACUCAGGCUGCAGGAAUACCUGUGAUGGGCAAGUAUGAUGAGAAGAUGGACGUUGCUGCCGAUGAAAACUGCUGUGUCAUUGUUCCCUGCAUGCACCCUGGCGUGCUGCGCUACAGCACCUCGACAGAGGAUGUGAUCAUGCGGCUCCUGACCAAAGCUCUGAGCAUAGCCUGGGUUGCUAUGGACGGAGCUGUUGGGCUGAUUCCAAACUCCACGACGAAGAAAGCCCUGUGUCAAGAUGUUAUCAAUCAUGUCAGAGCCAAGACAGGCCCGGAGACCGAGUUUGGCAAGGAGUUCAAGUCGCUCAAGGAGCAAUAUCUACAGCACCACCAAGAUGUCUACAAGCUUAACAAAGGUCAACUUGGCAAAUUUCGAAAGACGGGUGACAAGAAAACGCAAGAAGCGAUUGCGCGCGUGCAGAAGAGUUCGGUCAAAGUCGCACCCGCCGAUGUCAUCAAGCGAACUGCCGAGCUCGCCACAGGUGAGCCCGAGGCGGAGGAUGAAUCUGUGAGACGUGUACUUGAUCAUGGUGAGGUGCUCGUGAUACAGACCGCCCGCGUCCGUUGGAGGCGAGCAUUACAGCAACUCUACAUCGUGACCGACUGUGGAUGCGCGUAUGGCCAGCCAAAUCCCAAGGAGCGCAAGGUGCAAGUAGACUCGAUUGCGGCCAUCGGGUUGGAUCAUCUGAUGGUUGAUGACUUGGAGACCACCAAGCAGCGCUUCCUGAACACGGCGCGUGGCCAGCUUUUUUUCUUCGAAGCCAACUCACUCGACGCACAGCUUUCAACCAUCCCCGACCUGCUAGCUGUUUUCCUCUCGAAGCACGACCCAGCGACAAAUGAACCAGUUCUCGUUGAUAACGCCGAUUGGCGCCGGAACAAAUUGUUGUGCCAGAUCGCCUCUGCCGACAUGCAGCAGUGGAUUUUGGACACCUUUGUGAACCAGGGUCGGCGCUCUACAACCACUUUCGAGCAAAACGUUCUCAGCCUUCCAGACAAGAUGCAAGUGCUUCUGGCAGAGAAAGACCCUUCUCUGGCUUAUCGCUUCCGCUUGCAGCGUCAAAAAGAGGGCAAAGAUGUUUCUGUCUUCGAACAGAAUGGCCAAGAGGUCAUCAUUCGGCCUGGCCGUAACGUCCAACACAAAGCCUCACUCAACAUUCGCUGGGCAAUCGAGGACCUGGAUUACGAGAUACAGGACCUGCCACUUCCAGCGGGAUGUUCACCGUUGACUGUGGGGGAGCCGCGACACCUUUUCUUUGUCCCUCAAGGCCUUGACAUUAGAGAUGGAGCGGGACGCUCGUUGGGUGUUUCUGGCGAUCGGGCUGUGACCCUGCCCUUACAGCAUCUCAUUGCAGCUCUAGCGGAUAACCCGAUGGCUGAUGAAUUCUUGGAGCUCUGGUCAGCAGUUACUGGUCUCAGCGCUGACGAUGUUCUUUACGCCGACAUACAGCCGAUGGAGACCUUGUCCGUCUCCUGCUUGCCACCUGAAGCUUUCAAUACACGACAGCUGCCGUUCGAAACCAAACAUGGUUUGAGCAUCGAAAAGCGUGUCGCGGAGCUAAACAAGAGCCUGCCAUUCCAGCCAGGUGACGCUGCGUGGCUCGUCAAUGAGUUCCUUGAGCAUUACAUCCCCCAGGAAGGCGUGAUCGAUUGCGGUUCACGAGACCACUUUCCCGAUUCCGACCCCGUCUGGGCACACCUGACCGCUUUCCUGCAGAAUCCUCGAUACAAGAAUCACCCCCACCUCCGCAACAUGGUCGCGACGACGGCUGCUGCCACAGGCGAGGGGCGUGGGUUGAACAACGAGACUACCAAGGUUGUCGCAAAUCUUACUGUCGUUGUGCGUGUCUUACGAAGCUCAGUCGAGGUCAAAAAGGCUCAGAGCUCGGUGGGACAGCGGAAGAGGAAGACUAUGCUACACAUUGGGGCCGCUCGAUCGCACGGCGCGGUGAUCAAACUCGACGCUGCGCCAGAUACAGUCCCGCUCCUAGGCGACCAGGCAGAGUUUGUGGACGAGGAUGAUGAUGAGAAUGACGAGGGCGCGGCUGAUCAGGGCACUUUGUUGGCAGAAGGGAGGCGUGGGAAGCGACGAGCUGUGUCUGACGAUGAAGAAGAGGAUGACCACGAGGCUCAGCUCGCGCGGGCGAAGCGUGGAAAGCGGCGAGCAUGA